GUCUGUGGCUCCGAGGCCGUCUUUCUUCGGCUACGGGGGGGCCUCUGGCUGACCUGCCGCCCGAAAUGCCGAGACGCCUGUCGACGCCCGCGAAAGCCGGCCCCGUGGUGAACGACGCCGGAUGGAUGGAAGGGACUACCAGGAUUGUAGAUAAGAAUAUUUACACUGUACAAGGUGAAAUCAAUACAGUAAUAGGAGCCAUAAAACGCAGUGCAAGAUGGAGUACUCAUGUACGUUUGGAUGAAGAACGUGAUCCCCUAUUGCACAGCUUCAGUGUUUUGAAAGAAGUUUUGAACAAUGUAACUGAACUUUCAGUCAUUGAACCGAUUGUUUUUCUUCGACCUUUUCUGGAAGUUAUUCGAUCAGAAGAUACUACAGGCCCAAUUACUGGACUGGCUCUGACAUCAGUAAACAAAUUCAUUUCAUAUGGACUAAUAGAUUCAAAUCAUGAGGGCACAGCUGAGGGAAUGGAAAACUUGGCAGAUGCUGUAACACAUGCCCGAUUUGUGGGCACAGAUCCUGGAAGUGAUGAGGUUGUCUUGAUGAAGAUUUUGCAGGUCUUGAGGACUCUCCUCCUUGCUCCAGUUGGAGCUCAUCUCACGAAUGAAUCUGUGUGUGAAAUCAUGCAGUCUUGCUUCCGUAUAUGCUUUGAGAUGAGGCUUAGUGAGUUAUUGAGAAAAUCUGCAGAGCACACUCUGGUCGACAUGGUACAGCUGCUCUUCACAAGAUCAUCUCAGUUUAAAGAGGAGCCUAAGAGCUAUGUAGGGACCAACAUAAGAAAGUUGAAAAUGAGAGCAGGAGGGAUGAGUGAUUCAUCAAAAUGGAAGAAGCAGAAACGAUCACUAAGAAACUCUUGCCAUGUAACCAAGGCAUCUCAAGGAAUAGAACAGUCAGCUGCUAAUGGCACAGGUGAGGUCAAUGUCACUGAUGUAUCUUCUCCAAUUUCAUCUGGAAAUUCAGAAAAUAUAUCUUCUAUAGUUAGUCCUGUCACUGACAGUGGUUUAGAGUUAUCUUCCCAAAUUUGCUCAAAGGAUGAUCUUACAGAUUUACAACUUGUCAAAUCUUUGGGAAUCAAUACAACAAUGCCCUUAAAUGAUUUUAGAGCCAGAGAGCAGUUAGAACUACAGAAUGAAUGUCCUCAGAGGGAAAAGACUCCAUCUGCCUCAGUAGAAUCCAUCCCAGAUGUUCUUGAAGAGUGCACUUCUGUAACUGAACACUCAGAUUCUGUUUCAAUUCAUGACAUGGACUAUGUUAACCCUCGAGGUGUACGAUUUACUCAGUGUUCUCAAAAAGAGGGAACAACAUUAGUCCCUUAUGGAUUACCAUGUAUUCGUGAACUACUGCGUUUCCUCAUCUCCCUCACUAAUCCACAUGACCGACACAAUUCUGAGGUGAUGAUCCACAUGGGUCUACAGCUACUCACAGUUGCUCUUGAAUUGACUUGCGUAUCAAACUGCCCAUCUCUCUUAGGACUUAUAAAAGAAGAAUUAUGUCGGUAUCUCUUUCAAUUAUUGAACAUGGAGCGGCUCAAUUUAUAUUCAGCUUCCCUUAGGGUAUGCUUCCUUUUAUUUGAGAAAAUGAGAGAGCACCUGAAGUUCCAACUGGAGAUGUAUAUCAAGAAACUGAUGGAGAUCAUCACAAUGGAAAGCCCCAAGAUGAUUUAUGAAAUGAAGGAGAUGGCCCUGGAGGCUAUCGUUCAGCUAUGGAGGAUUCCUAGCUUUGUAACUGAACUCUACAUUAACUAUGACUGUGACUACUACUGUGCUAAUCUUUUUGAAGACCUCAGCAAACUGCUAUCCAAGAAUGCUUUUCCUGUUUCUGGACAACUGUACACUACUCAUUUGCUGUCACUUGAAGCACUGUUGACAGUGACUGAUCAAAUUGAAGCACGGUGCCAAGCCAAAGUACUCAGAGGCAUAUAUCAGCAAGAGAAAGAAAUACUAAAACCAAAUACAGAAAUUGCCAAUAUCAUUAGAGAAGCAAUUACUGAAGAAUUGCAAACAAAACUUAAAUCAUCCACUGCAGAAUUACCGGAGACACGUUCAUCGAGUAAGGACUGCUUGGUGACCUCCCACUUGAAACAGCAAGACUGUCUGAAUUCAGAUAUGGAAAAUGAUACAGAAAAGGUCAUCCCAAGAAAGCCUACUCGAUUUUCCUGCUUCUUACCAAAAACACAAGAACUGAUAAUGAUUAAGAAUAAAAAAAAGCUCUUGAUAAGUGGUUCAGAGCACUUCAAUCAGAAACCAAAAAAAGGAAUACAGCUUCUUCAGGAGAAAAAUCUAUUGGCUACCCCAAUGGAUAAUGAUCAAGUGGCCAAGUGGCUGAGAGAAAAUCCUAAACUGGACAAGAAAAUGAUUGGAGAAUUUGUGAGUGAUCGGAAAAAUGUGGAUUUGCUGGAUAGUUUUGUCAGAAAUCAAAUGGGACUCCAUUUGCUAAUAGUGAUGCCUGUUUUGCUUUAGCCUAUGCAGUUAUCAUGCUGAACACUGAUCAGCACAAUCAUAAUGUUCGCAAGCAGAAUGUACCAAUGACGUUAGAGGAAUUCCGAAAAAAUCUGAAAGGAGUAAAUGGUGGCAAAGAUUUUGACCAAGAGAUGUUAGAAGAUAUAUAUUAUGCUAUCAAAAAUGAAGAAGUGGUGAUGCCUGAUGAGCAGACAGGUUUAGUAAAAGAAAACUAUGUAUGGAAUGUGUUGUUGCACCGUGGAGCCACUGAAGAAGGAGUCUUUCUGCAUGUUCCACCUGGCAGCUAUGAUCAUGACCUCUUUGCCAUGACCUGGGGACCUAUUGUUGCAGCUCUUUCCUAUGUUUUUGACAAGAGCUUAGAUGAAACAGUCAUCCAGAAGACUAUUUCUGGUUUCAGAAAAUGUGCCAUGAUCUCUGCUCAUUACGGCCUCAGUGAUGUUUUUGACAACCUUAUAAUUUCUCUCUGUAAAUUCACAGCCCUCAGCAGUGAGUCAAUUGAGAAUUUGCCAACAGUUUUUGGAAGCAAUCCAAAAGCCCACAUUGCAGCAAAGACUGUGUUCCAUUUGGCUCAUCGACAUGGUGAUAUUUUACGAGAGGGCUGGAAAAACAUAAUGGAGGCAAUGUUGCAACUUUUCAGAGCAGAAUUAUUGCCAAAAACCAUGGUGGAGGUUGAAGAUUUUGUAGAUCCCAAUGGCAAGAUCUCUCUUCAGAGAGAGGAAACACCUUCUAAUCGUGGUGAGUCUACAGUGCUCAUUUUUGUUAACUGGCUGACACUCAGUGGCACAGAACAAUCUGGUAUGAGAGGACCAUCCACAGAGAAUCAGGAAGCAAAGAGAAUGGCCCUGGAAUGUAUAAAGGUAUGUGAUCCAGAGAAGUUAAUCACUGAGAGCAAGUUUCUGCAACUUGAGUCCCUGCAAGAAUUAAUGAAGGCUCUCAUAUCUGUGUCUCCUGAUGAGGAAACCUAUGAUGAAGAAGACUGUGCUUUUUGUUUGGAGAUGCUUUUGAGGAUUGUGCUGGAAAAUAGGGAUCGUGUGACUUUCGUUUGGCAGGCAAUGCGAGAUCAUCUUUACCAUUUAUGUAUUAAUGCUAUGGAAUACUGUUGUCUAGUGGAAAGAGCAGUAGUGGGUCUAUUGAGACUGGCAAUCCGACUUCUGCGCAGAGAAGAAAUAAGUGCCCAGGUGUUGCUCUCCUUGCGAAUCUUGCUCAUGAUGAAACCCAGCAUGUUAAACAGGGCAAGUCAUCAGAUUGCAUAUGGCCUUCAUGAGCUUCUCAAGACUAAUGCUGCCAAUAUUCACUCUGGAGAAGACUGGUACACACUCUUUACUCUCUUGGAAUGCAUUGGUUCUGGGGUGAAACCACCCCUAGCGCUGCAACCUACAAGAAUAGAGAAUGAUACAGGAGCUCAAUCAGACAGUGAGAUCUAUCAUCCAAAUGAAACCAGCCUAGAUCGUGGCUAUACUUCUGAUUCAGAGGUAUAUGCAGAUCACAGCAAGCAAGGUAAAUUGCAUCGUUCUGUCACUGAUGUAGAUGUGGUGAACAGUGGCUGGCUUGUGGUUGGGAAAGAUGACAUAGAUAAUUCAACCAUGGCUGGACUUUCCAGACUGGGAAAUUCUCCCUUGGUGAAUCAGUAUAGUCUGACUGUGGGAAUGGACCUGGGUCCUCAUAAUACCAAAUCUCUCAUGAAGUGUGUUGAGUCCUUAUCUUUUAUUGUGCGAGAUGCAGCUCAUGUAACCCCUGAGAACUUUGAGUUGUGCGUCAAAACAAUCCGCAUCUUUGUGGAAGCCAGCCUAAACGGAGGGUGUAAAUCCCAGGAGAAAAGAGGAAAAAAUCAUAAAUAUGACUCCAAAUCAGCACGGUUUAAGAAGAAAGCAAAGGAAAACUCUCUGAGACACUUUAAAACCUCCAGCCAACAUCAGCACCGUUCCACUAGUGAAGAUGAGGAUGAGGAUGAGAGUGUCCCUGCCAGUUAUCACACUGUAUCUUUACAGGUUAGUCAAGACCUGUUGGAUCUAAUGCAUACCCUUCAUACGCGAGCUGCUACCAUCUACAGUUCUUGGGCAGAAGAGCAACAGCAUCUGGAAACUUCAGAGAAGAAAAUAGAAGCAAAUUCUCGAGCAUUAUGGAUCAAUUGUUGGUGCCCAUUGUUGCAAGGGAUUGCUUGUUUGUGUUGUGAUGCAAGACGACAAGUACGGAUGCAGGCACUGACCUACCUGCAGCGGGCUCUUCUUGUGCAUGAUUUACAAGCUCUUGAUGCUUUGGAAUGGGAAUCCUGUUUCAAUAAGGUUCUGUUUCCUUUGCUGACCAAACUUCUGGAAAAUAUUAGCCCGGCAGAUAUUGGAGGGAUGGAAGAGACCAGAAUGAGAGCUUCAACUUUACUCUCCAAGGUCUUCUUGCAACAUUUGUCCCCACUCCUCUCUCUCCCAACAUUUGCUGCUUUAUGGCUGACAAUAUUGGAUUUCAUGGAUAAAUACAUGCAUGCUGGCUCCAGUGACUUGUUGCCAGAGGCCAUCCCUGAAUCACUGAAGAAUAUGCUACUAGUAAUGGACACAGCUGGGAUAUUCCAUAAUGCUGAUUCACGAACAGGCUACUCAGAUCUAUGGGAAAUCACCUGGGAGCGCAUAGACUGCUUUUUGCCAAAACUACGAGAUGAGCUCUUCAAACAGACAGUCAUCCAAGACCCAGUUUCUACCUUACCAGUAGAAGUACAUCUUCCAAAAGCAUCGAUAUCUGCUCAGACACAUUCCUCUGGAGAGGAUUCCAGACCAUCUACUCAUUCAGCAUCAUCUGAGAAGUCUCCAGAACUAGCAGCCAGUGAUUCUGAGAAUGCCUGCAUUUCCAGUCACUUUGGAUCACAUUUUGCCUCUCCAGCAACACCUGGGAAGAUGAACAUGGCUACAGAUAUUCCUCCAGCAGUGGCACAGCAGCCUCUUAUUCUUCAACCACUAGCCUCCCCUUUACAAGUGGGAGUGCCACGUUUGUCUCUGCCUAUAAUUCUGAACCCAGCUCUCAUAGAGGCAACCUCCCCUGUUCCCCUUUUGGCUACCCAGCAGUCUACUGACUCCACAAUUUCUGAAAUAAAUUAAAGAAAAAGGAAAUGACUAAAGGAAUGAUGGAUUCUGAUCAUGCUAUGUCCAACUGAAGUUAUGCUUGCCCUAAGCAAAAGAGUAAGAGCAUCCCAAAGUAAACAUUCUAAGGUGACAAUCUUCCAGCUUCUCCUUGCUUUAAAGUUUUCAGUAAAGGCCUGCUUUGAUUUCUUUCAGAAUGGAGCAAGAAGGCCAGAUACUGUUAGAAUCAAGCCAAGAAAUAACCAGCUUCUGUAUAAGUACAGUACUUUGCUUCACUGUCAGCAUUCCUUGCACAGAUUUACUUUAGGACCAUUCUUUCACUCUUGAAUCUUCAGGGAUUUAGGCUUGUACUUUUGCCAGAGUAAACUGAACUUUCUGAGAGGAUUAGAAGGGUCACUGAACAACAUUUUAACUGGAAAAUCUGCAUCUAAAAUAAAAGAAAGAAAAUAAUAAUCUCAGAUUGCCGUGUAAACUUCAUUAGGGUGAGCAUUGGUAUGGUGCUUCUAUUUUUAUUUUAAAAUUGCUCUGUGUCUUGCAGGCAUUCCAAUCUAGUGCUUGCUACUUCCUAUCAAAAGUACUGAGGUGAAGUGAAGACCUGCAAUAGGCAAAAAAUAGCCUCUACUGUACCUCCUUCAGGAAUGGACCGCAAAAUGUUUCUUUCAAUCUUUUUUGCAGUCUUUCACUUAGGAAAGGCCAUUUCUCUCCUGCCCAGACGUAAAAUGUGUUUCAACUAGGUCUCCCACCAGGCUAAAAUUCUCUAUGUUCACUGCAGAAUCCCACUGGCCAAUGUCUACUGUAUGGAACGAUAGGUGAUUGUGUGUGAGUAUGCAUGUGGAUUUGGGUGUGUGUAUGGGUGAGUAUGUAUAUGUGUGGGUGAAUAUGUGUGUGUAUAGGAGUUAAUUGACUUUUUAGGAUAAAAUAAAAAUUGCCUGUAAAUGAAAUGUGGCUUAGAUGUUUAUUUCCUUACAUGUCAAAUAUGUUGCCUUUUUAUUCUAUAUUGUUUUGGAAAAAUUAGAGAGUGUCACUAUUGACCAAUUAUGUAGAAUCACCCUUUUUGAAACAAGGUAGGUGUGUGUGUGUGUAUGUGUGUGUUUGAAUCAUUGUUGACUCCUGGCAACUUCCUGGGCUAGUCCUGCAAUUUUCUUGGGAAGAUUUUGAAAGUGGUUUGCUCUUGCCUGUUUCAGGGGACGUGACUGGCCCAAGGUCACCCAGCCAGCUUUCUGCCUAGGGAAGGAUUGGAACGUCUCCCAGUUUCUAAUGUGGUGCCUUAGUCAUGACACUAAACUGGAUCUCUAGAUGGACAUAGUCCUAUUGUCACACAUGCUCCUUGGUCAUAGUUAAGUUCAAGAAAAAAUACAGACUUUGUUUGUAUUUUUAAUUGUUUAAUUGCAUCUUACAAAGUUCAGUGGGUUGAAAUAUGUCUAUAUUUCAUGUCUGUGUUUUUUUGUCAUUCCUGAGUAGACUAAGAAUGAAAUCUGCCUCUUUAUCCCCCAGAAGCAAAGAUAUAUAAAGGCAAUGUCUAUUGCAGUGGAACUGAGCGCCCUUCCGUCCUGCUUAUGUAUGUCCUGCUCUUUCUUUCUGCAGUGUAAUCAAAUUCUAUAGGUCCAACAUGUGCCCCACAUGCAUUCUUAAACAAUAAUAAAAGAGAGGGCUAUAUCUUUACAUGGAAAUACAUCCAAAGAAAAGGCAAACAAAAGAAUAACACUGUGCACUAAGAGAUAUAAUAUACUAUGGAUAUAAAACGUCCCGUUAAAAUCUGUUUAAAUGCCACAUUUUUAAAAUGUAAAUAAAUCAGACCACGCUAAAUAACUUCUGCCUUCAAUAUAAGCUGUACAAUUUGAUUAAAAACAAACUGAAAUCUUUUAGGGGAGAAAAAUAAUCAAUCCCAUAUAAAGUUCAUCUCUUCUAGUAGGAUUUUUCUGACAUUUACUCAGUUGCCUGUUACAGCAAAACCCAUGGUCAGUCAGGAGAGGGAUACAAAACCAUUUCCAAGGGAUUGGAUAUACUAUGGAAUAGAACACAGUAAAGACAGUUAUCAACAAGCGGAAAAAAAUAACUCAACAGUGACAUUAUGAAGAACUGAUGUCCCUCCAAAAUUGACAAAAAAACAAGAAAACUGGUCCAAAAGGUCUAUAGCAACAUUAAAGGUGCUGCAGAAUUUUCUAGCAAAUACUAGUUGUGUAUUUGCUAGAAUAGACAACAAUCUCCCAUAUUCUUCAAACGUCUGGGCUGUGGGGUAGGGCAGCAAGACAGAGGCCUUUUCUUACAAAGAAAACAUCCAUGGCUGGCUACGUUUUGCAAAAACCUACAUUAAGUUUGACAAAAGCAUGUGAGAAAAUGUGUUAUGGUCUAAUGAGACCAAAGUUGAACUUUAAGGGGCAUAAUUCCAAAAGGUAUGUUUGCUGCAAAAACAAUUGUGCAGCACCAAAAGUACAUCACCUGCAGUGAAGUGUGGUGUUAGCAGCAUUAUUCCUUGGGACUGCUUCAGCUUGAACUAGAAUUUUAAUCAAGGUGGAGGAAAUUAUGAACAGUUCCAAAUAUUGAAUUAUGGCACAAAACCUUCAGAACUCUGAUAAAAUGCCCAAGAUGAAGUGGAAUUUCAUCUUUCAUCAUGACAAUGACUCAGCAUACCUCCAAAUCAACAAAAGAAUAACUUCAUCAGAAGAAUAUCAAUGUUUUGGAAUGGCUCAGCCAGAGUCCAGACCUGAAUCCAAUUGAAAAUCAGUGAUUGAAAGAGGGCUAUGCACAGAAAAUGCUCUCACAAUCUGACAGAUAGGCAGCACUUUUGCAAAGGGUAGGCAAAGGUUCCCGAGGCAAGAUAUGUCAUGCUGAAAGGCUCCUACCCCAAAGACUGAAUGAUGUCUAUGUUGUGCUUCAGCAAAGUAUUAGUUUAAGAUUGUGCACAUUUAUGCAACCACAUUAUUGUAAGUUUUUAAAUAUAUUUUGCCCAUAAAAGAUUUCAGUUUGGUUUUCAAUUGAAUUCUGCAGCUUAUACAAUAUGUGAUAUUGUGAAAAAAAUUCUGAAAUGAUUUAUCUUGGUCUGGUUUUUUUUUUUUUUUACAUCUCAGAAAUCUGAUAUGUACCAGGGUGUGUAGAAUUUUUGUAUCCAUUUUGUCUCCUAUGGUGACAGUAAUUUUAUAUAAAUGUUCACAAUGAGUUUUCAAAAACUCAUUUCAAAUUUUCAAAAAUGUGAGAGGACCUGUUCUAAGGAUGGUUACCCAACUUCUAAGACCUAACCUUCCUUGCUCAUUAGUUCAUUGGUGAAAUUAUCACAGCAGUCAUGGUCAUUCAUCCUCUACAGCUUUGCCUUAUUAGUCUUUGUCAAGACUGUCCUUCUUUAUAAGUACUUAACUUCUUUAUAGGUAUUCAUUGAUGACAAUUUAACAAUGCUUCAAAGUUAUGACAACCUCAGAAAAAGUUGUCCUUAAAAUUAUGACUUUCAUGCUACCCUUUCAGACAUACGAUUGCCAUUUGGUACCAGCUUGCAUUUAUGAAGAUGGCAGCAUCUUGCAGGUAGAACAGGACAACUGGCCAUAGCCACAAUGCCACUCCCACAAUGGAACAGCUGUUGGCUGGUGCUGCAGGAGCAUGUUUGCGGUAGCACCUCUUGGUUUUAUUUUAUCAAUUUUUAAUACUCCCAUUGGAUCCUUUUUUAUUUUUUGGAGAAGGUAACAGCGUAGACCAUAACACAGAAAAAAGUUUUUGUUUUUGCUGGGGACUAAUAAGGCAUGGGAAAAAGAAACACCAUGGCACCAGCCCGGGAACUCUCCCACCAGUGAAAACUGCAAAACAACCAAGAAUUGAGGUGCAUUUUGCUGGCAAGAGAUCUGUAAGUAAAACUAACCCCACCCCCUCCAUUUUCCCCUCCAUCUUGAGCGGUUAGAAUGGGACCUGCAAAGAGAUUUGACAAAACUCCCAUUUCACCCCAGUCCCUCCAACUCAGCUGACCUAUCAUAGGCAUUCAUCCUCCUCUGGUGCUCCUCCUCCAACACUGGUCCCCUUCCCACCCACUUGUGCCCGGGCUUGUUUCCUAAUUUGUAGUGCAGGAUAAUUAGCCACACCUCCUGGCCACCAACAUUAUAAUUUAAUAAGAUACAUGCAAGUGAGAAUAAUUUUUGCCCAAUAGGAUACAAAUCUGACAAUAUCUGAUUGGGAACUUAAACUUGAAGAAUAUGCAGCAAUGCGAAUCCACUUGAGACUUAGCCAAAAAUUUAAAAAACUACUGUUUGAGGUAAUCUUUAUUUGAAGUCUUUAUUAUUGAGCCCUAAUAAUAAAAUAAAAAAAACAAGAAUUGGCCAGUCAUCAGGAAUGACUGCAAAAUGCAGUAGGGAAAAUCCCACAAUUAGCAAUUUUAUACAAUCUUCUAAUUCUCUUAAAAGGCAAUAAAAGGACAGAUUUCUAUUAUUUACAUUUAUAUGCCACUCAUCUCUUUGAUGGAGUGACUGAUUGCAAUAGUUAUUAGAAAGCAUCAGACAAUUUUAUCUUUAAACCCAGCGAAACAGAGAGUGACAAAAUUCUCAAUCAGCCUAAUAGGAAAAUUCAAAAAGUCAAGAUUUUUUUUAUAUUGUUUCUAAUUGUUUUUUAAAAACCAAAUGACCCAAAUAUCAGCAAUAGUUGCUACUACAUAUCACUAGUACAUGUUUUCAUACUAGGUCAGAAUCAUUAACAUCACAUGGUUGAAAAAUAGAAACCAACACAAAAAUUGGAAAAAAAUUCAGAUGAAAGAAUAGAGGACAAUGUCGCCAAUUUGAUCCUAUUAGAAUACAAGAAAUGCCCAAGCUCUAGCCACUCAA